AGCUAUUCAUGUAUGGCUGGUUUUCUAGAUUUAAAUAUAAAAUUCUUAAUUAUUACAUUUCGCCGUGACGUCUUUGAACACGCAAACACGUGUAAUUAGAUGAUUACCUUAACUUUUAAUUAGUUGCAACUCCUACGACCAAGCCUCUGACCAGAGACGUGGUUAAGAAACACAGUACGAGUGAACAUCUGGACAAGAGCGACAGCAUGUUAGUGAAGCGCUUAAACAGCAUAGUUGCAAAGCAUACGGGACUUCAAUCACCACAGAGCAAUGGCAGUCUGACGUCACAUGGUUCUGGACUCGUUUUUCCACGCAUUCUGUCAACGCAAGAUGGGAGAGGGUCACUGCUAUCCCUGCGACCUUCAGUAAACUGGGAAAAAAAGGAUUCGCCCUCUUCCAGAGAUAGAAGAGGAUCAUUGACAUCAAGGCUACCUUCGGUUAACGGGGAGAGAAAUGGGUCGCUCGCAUCCAUCUACAAGACAGCGUUAUUCAUAUCUAGCAAACCUUCAAUCAACGGGGAGAUGAAAGUACCAUUUCCUUCAACGGGCAAGAGAGGUUCACUGCCAUUGCAGUCACCCUCGCUAGACGGUGAGAGAAGAGGUUCAUUCCUGCCCACGGACAGAAAAGGUUCGCUGCAAUCGCAGCCACCCUCCCUAGCCGCGGAGAGAAGCGGUUCAUUUCUUUCCACGGACAGAAGAGGGUCAUUGACAUCAAAACAAAUUUUCGGGGGCGGAGAAAGGAGAGGGUCGUUAGGCUCGAUGAGCAGGCGAGGAUCAAUAAGCAAGCACGCAACGGCGAGAGAUAAGCGAGGGUGCACGAGUAAGCGCGGAUCUGUGACAGGCGGCAGGCGGCCAGGACCUGACGCACAAUCACUGCAGGAGAUCUAUGACAUAAUCAGCGAAAUAAAUAGGCGACUCGUCGCUGGGCCGGCCAGCAAUCGGAAGCUCCCGCUAAUCGGCAACGACGCCGACUUCCGGGCCAAAGUUCAAGCGCAGCUGACCACGUUGACGGCUAUCCUGCAGCGACUGAAAGAGCAAUCGCCAGGGCCGUGGGCGGAUGGCAUCAAUCCAAAGGAGCUGCUGGACUGCACGUACCUGCGGCUGUCAGACAACAAUGUCGAGAGGCUGGAGAAGAUGUGUGAGGAUGCCGGGAUGCUCGUGGGAAUCCAUCCUCACUCGGCGAUACCAGAUGUCGCUGCUGCUGUGUUCGAUAGCGAACCAUAGUGCUCACCCACCCAUACCCCACCAUAAUGCCCAUCCCACCCUCACUCCACCGCAGCACCCACCCACCC